AUGGCUAUGGCAGCUGAAGCUGCUCCUUCCGGUAACAAGCUUUCCAUUCCUUUGACCAAAAAUGAGAACUUCAAGCCCAAUGCCAGAGCCUCCCUUGCCAAAGCUAGAGCAAAGUACAUCAAGCACAUCAUUAACCCUCUCCAUGGUACUCCUGCCAACGUUACCACUGAUGCUACUGGCUCUGUUCCUGUUGUUGACUAUGGAAAUGAUCUCGAAUACUAUGGUGUUGUUGGCAUUGGUACCCCAGAACAAAAGUUCAAGUUGGACUUUGACACUGGUUCUAGUGAUCUCUGGAUUGCUUCUACCUUGUGUGCCUCUUGCACAACUCACACUCGUUACGACUCUACCAAGUCUAGCACCUACAAGGCCGAUGGCCGUGCUUGGUCUAUCUCUUACGGUGAUGGUUCUACUGCCAGCGGUAUUCUUGCUACUGACACUGUCAACUUGGGUGGUCUCAAGAUCCAAGGUCAAACGAUCGAAUUGGCCAAGAAAGAAUCCAGCUCUUUUGCCAGCGACCCCAUUGACGGUCUCUUGGGUCUCGGUUUCAACACGAUCACUACUGUCCGUGGCAUCAAGACGCCUGUUGACAACUUGAUCAGCCAAGGCUUGAUUUCUUCUCCCAUCUACGGUGUCUACCUCGGCAAGGCCUCCAGAGGCGGUGGAGGUGAAUAUCUCUUUGGUGGCUACGAUUCCUCCAAGUUCAGCGGUAGUUUGAAGACUGUGCCUGUCAACAAGUCUCAAGGUUACUGGGGUAUCACUGUAGGCGGUCUUACUGCUGGUGGUAAGAGCGUGGCUAGUUCUUUCUCUGGUAUUCUUGACACUGGUACCACUCUCUUGCUCUUGACGGAUGCUGUUGCUGACCGAGUUGCUGCUGCCUAUGGUGCUACUGCCAACAGCGACGGUACUUACCUUAUCAACUGUAACACAGCCAACUUUGCUCCUCUUGUGUUUACCAUCAACGGUGCUACUUUCCAGAUCCCUGCCUCUGACUUGGUGUAUGAAAAGAGCGGCAGUACCUGUUUCGCUUCCUUUGCCAAGGGUGGUCUUAGCUUUGCUAUCUUGGGUGAUACUUUCUUGAAGAACAACUAUGUUGUCUUUAACCAACAAGUGCCUCAAGUCCAGAUUGCUCCUGUUAGAGCUUAA